AUGACUCUCACUGAAGAUAUUAAAGAGCUGCCAUUGAAAAAACCUCAAGAAACGUUCGUUGAUGAACCUGAAAGAUUAGAAGAUGUUAACUUGAAUGAAUUAAUUUUUGACAUUAAAAGUGAUCUUAAGGAUGUCAACAACAUUCACAUAUUUCAAGCGCUAGCUAUUUUGUAUAAAACUUUAGAUGACAUUUUAAGGUUACAAAAGGAUCCUCGUCUCUUUGAGAAGUUUAGAAGUCAGCAACUUCAAAAAUAUGACAUCGAUACUAAUGAUGUCUCAUCUGUACAUAUAGAAGAAUCAGAAAGAGAUUUCGGAGUGUAUGAGAGCGGUACUAAUACUGUUAACGAUGAUAAUGAUGGCAGCGAUGUAAGCAAUUUUUCCACUUUUAAGAGUUCCGAUUUGCUGUCGUCUGUGGAAAGCAAGAUAGAUUCAGAAUCUGGGGAUUACGACAUGAUUGGAGAAACAAAAUAUCCAUGUUCUACUGAUCUGGCUGGAAUCCAGCCUCUAACGGAAGCACCAUAUAUUCCAAUAGAUUACCUCGUGGCCAAUUUUUCGCCAAAAGUUUGUGAAACUAUUGCGUCACACUCCAAGGAGACAAUACAUCAAGAAAUACUAUUCAGUCAACGAAUUAAAGCUAAUCAAAAUAGUCAUCUUUUGAAAAUUUUCAAUCUUUUAAAAGCCCCUGAUUUAUCAAUAAGAGACUUUUUGAUCCGAAUUGAAACAUUUUCAACGAUGUCUGUACUGGUAUGCAUACAUUCAGCGUAUCUUCUAUUCAAGUUGUGCUUAUUGCUCGAUGUAGUUAAACUAUCGCCUCUUAAUAUCCACAGGCUAGUGCUAGGACUGAUAAGGUGCCUGACGAAGACUCUAGAAGAUCUUUAUCAGAAACAAGGAUCGUUUGCGGCAGUUGGUGGUAUAUCGAAAAAGGACUUGUUUAGAAUUGAAGUCAGCUUCUUAUACUUAACUAAUUUUCGGUUGACGGCUGAUGAGGAAAUUCUUGAUCAAUUUUUAAAACAACACUUUGUAGAAUUACGAGAAUUUUGUGAAGAAUCUUUUGAAAAAAGUUAA